CGCUCGUAUACGCACAGUAGACGCCGUCUUCUAGCGUGGAUUCAAUUAAUUUCUUAUACGCCUUGCGUGAAACACGUUGUCGCACGCUCUGCAGAUAACGUCACUAAAUUGGGCUCAAAGCAGCUCGCGCCCACAGUCCAUUCCCCUCGUCGCGUCUCCUUCCCUUUUCAGAACUCAACAUCGACCAUCUUCAUUUGCUCUACCUUUUGGUUUCCCCUUGAUUUCUCCUCGCCGCGCUCUUAUCCGAUGGACGAUUGGAUAUUCAGCAUACCGAAUAUCCUUCAGAGCGUGCUAGACACAAUUGUGUCCACUCGCUCUUCUGUGGCACGCCGGACGCGAGCCCUCUUGGAGCUUGAGCAUCUCAUAGCCAAGAUCUUUACUGGAUCGGAUGCCGACGCGGUCGAUGUAUUUUGUUCGCUUCAGGAUUCGUUCGAGUGCAACGUCCCAUCAAGACUAUUAUUUUGGAUGUCCGGCGCCACAGUCCGCCUGGAGUCUCUUCUCAACCGAGGGCACGAAAAACAGGCAGAAUUGUCCGCAUUGUGUUCGCAACUGAUGCAAUGCUUGACAAUAACACAAGGCGUGGUCCUUUCACACCAAUCGAGCAAGGUUUUCAUGGGAAGGAAAUAUCCUUUGGAGAUUCUCCUAGAUCUCCUCCUGGUUGCACGUCACAUACCCGUCUCAAGUGAUUCAGACGCCAUAUCGAGAUCAUCAACAUCGAGCACACUCCCAUCCGCAUCCUCAUCAUCUGCCAUACCACUAGCAUCAGUCGUUCUUGAUACAUUGCUCUGCAUACUUGUUGAUGCGCCGGCUGCACUCCGAACAUUCGAGGAUGUCAAUGGAGUGCAAGUGGCGGUCAAACUCCUCAAGCGCCCACAUACCCCGAAAGAAGUCAAGAUGAAAUGCCUCGAAUUCUUUUACUUCUACCUGAUGGACGAAACAACAGCGUCAAACAACAUGACACAGAUGCCGACGCCCGCACCACCGUCCGCACUUGCAACUACGCCUUCCGCAGUUCCCAAUCCCCUCCUGCCAUCUCCCUCUCUCUCAGAAUCCAGGCAGAAGCCCCGCUACACCGGUCAUGUCGCUCGCGAGGAGUCAUCAGGCUCAGACGACUCGUAUACCUCCGGAACAUCACGAUCAUCAUCAUCCUCUACGACCUCCGCCUCCUCAGUUGCCUCAUCUGCAACCACCCUCGUACCUCCCAGUCCCACCUCAACUCCCUUGCCCAAGACGCCACCUCACUCGCCCCCAGAUACUCUGAACAGCGGAACCAAGCGGAGUCCUUCGUCUUUUUCCUCCUCGGGCCCGAGUGCGAAACCAAGAUCCCUUCUUAUGCUUCGGAAAGAUGUAGACUUCGUACCACUCAGUCCAAAGAAGGGUAGCCCGCUCACAAGACUUGGUGUCGGUCAUUCUCGGCUCAGCAGCAUCACCAACAUCAACACCACGCCCAUGUCGACACCGAGAAGACAGAAACCUCUCAGCGCAGGAACUUCGAGCGAAAAGGAGGACGGAGACAGCGGAAACUCUACGUUCGCGCUCACAUACGACGAGAACAGCUCUGUGGACGGGUCCGAGCCCGAUUUGAAUUCCUCGUCCAACUCCUCCGCUCCCUCUUCUGUGCCGCGGCGAGAGUAUCGGCAGCAAGAUGGCAAUGGAAAUGGGAACGUGUCGACGAUUAGGACGACGGAGGAGAAGAAGAAGCUUCUGGGGACUAUGUUGGGGAAUGUGGACGCGCUGGUGGAAGGCGUGCGGAAGGCCGGCGUGUGGGGGUUGGGCUAGAGGGGAGCCGAGGCUAGAGAUAAGUAACUUAUUGAGUUGUGCGGUGCGUCAGUGUGUUGGUUGACGUCGUGUGUGAGCUCGUGUCUUCCUUGCCAUGGUUUUAGGUCACUGUCAGGGUUUUGUUUGUAGUCGGUCUUCGAUUUUGUUGUGUUCGUUGUUUGAUACAGCAUGGACUCUGUGUUAUAUUAUAUCUGUACCGUACCCAGUCAAUUGUACGCAAGUUUGAU